AUGGCCCUUGAGCUAGCUGCAGUCUCUCCGUCGGAGAGACCCGUAGAUGAGAGAGAACCCACCUGCAAUGCCAGAAGCGAGCAGAGAGAGCAACGUGUGCUGAGCUAUCCGGUCUCCCAGGCCAGCCAGUGCGACCUGCGUGAAUUGGUGGCCGGCACCCAGGAGAGGGCAUCAUCAAAGGCAAGCAAACUGAUAGCCGUCAUGGUAGUGCCUCUGUGUCUUUUAGUCACCUUGGUCGGUAUCAGUUUCAGUCAGUCUUACAAUCGUCUGGAUUCUGCUAUCAAGACCGAGAGAAGUCUUGACGUGACCAACGGGGCGUCAGCUCUUGUACUGGCCCUGCAGAAGGAACGAGGCCUGACAGCAAUGUUCCUCAGUUCCAAUGGCUCCAACAGCGACGCCUUGGCUACCUUAGACAAACAGCGUUCUGAGACCAACUUGAAGCUUGCCAACCUUUCACAGUGGCCUCCUCAGAUAACACUGGGCAGCAAGAUCAUGAAAGGCAAACAUGUAAAACUUGAAGUUCAACAGGACUUGCAGCGGCAUCGUCACACAGCAAACAGUUUAGGGGUAACAAUCAAAGGCAACAUCGAGUACUAUACGUCACUUACCCAACAAUUCAUGAACUGGGGGAUGCAGCAGCUCAGGUUGCAUUCCGAGGGUGAAUUGUGGCCACUGAUCAACGCUGAAGGAGUGACUCUCCGCGCCACGGACGCUGCUGGUCUCCAGCGCGCCCUGGGCUCCACCUUCUUCACAAUGUGUGGGUAUACCAAAGACAGCUCGGUGUGGUUUUCAAACCUAGAGGGCCAGGUGGAUACCUUAUUACAGUUGGCUUUCAACUACGACCCCGAGUGUAAAGACCAGUACGACCUCCUUAACUCAGAAUCCCCGUACCUAGUGCCAGACAUCCAAAGACAGAAGAAGAACAUGUUGGGUGAUAGAUUUGAAGAAGUCUGCCGCAAUAUGACUCUGGACGAAAGGUACAAGAACAGCAUGGUGUGGUUUGAGAAUCUGACCAACUACAUCUCACUGCUCCAAAAACUACUCGAGAACAGUUCAAAACGUAUCACACUGAGGCUACACGCAUUAAAACAGCAUUCCUCGCAUAUGUCUGCCAUCUAUUUAGUAGUCUUAGGCCUCACUGUCACCCUGUGUACCUCCACCACAAUCUGGUACAUCACCAGUAUUCGGUCCGUUAUGAAAACGCUGAAGGUGUACGCUGGGAAGGUGUCCCAGAAGACCAAAGAGCUUGCUUGCGAGAAAAAGCGGACGGAGACAUUAUUGCAUCGGAUGCUGCCUCCCAGUGUGGCCGACCAGCUGAAGAAGAAGAAAGAAGUUGUGGCGGAGUACUUUGACAGCGUGACGGUCUAUUUCAGUGACAUUGUCUCUUUUACUGCUAUCGCGUCCAAAAGCACCCCCAGACAAGUAAUCAGGAUGCUGAACGCUUUAUACAGUAUGUUUGACGGCUGCAUUGACCACUAUGAUGUGUACAAGGUGGAAACAAUUGGAGAUGCCUACAUGGUAGUGAGCGGUCUGCCAGAACCUAACGCCGACAAACACGCCACUGAGAUUGCACUGAUGGCGUUAGAACUAAUGAAACUGGUCAACAGCUUUGAGAUACCGCAUUUGCCUGGAGAGCGGCUAAGGAUAAGGAUUGGCGUAAAUUCUGGGCCAGUGGCGGCGGGCGUGGUAGGGCUUAAGAUGCCGCGGUACUGUCUGUUUGGAGACACUGUGAAUACUGCAUCCAGAAUGGAAUCUACCGGGAAAGCAAGACGAAUCCAAAUCUCUGAGCAAACGCGAGAUUUAUUGGACCCCAGGUGUGGGUUUGUGACGUCACAUCGAGGUAAAAUCUCAGUCAAGGGCAAAGGACUCAUUGACACGUUUUGGUUAAUGAACGAGAGGGCGCACGGCGCGUCUCCAUUGCAGGACUUCAACUUGACCAUUGCCAACCUGGAUGGAUAUAUCAACGAAUGUUUUGAUGUGGAUGACGAUGUUGAACCUGACCUAGUUGGCGGCAUGCCCACCCUUGAUAUAUAA